CUCAUGUGCUUUUUCACGACAAAAGAGAAGGACUACUUUACGUUACUCACAUUUUGACAAUUUUCAAAAAUUUCAAAAUGACUUCAAAAGAGAAGGAUUCUGAGUUCAAUAAGUAUAGAUCACCCUUGGUGUCUAGAUAUGCGAGUCCUGAGAUGGCAUACAACUUCAGUGAAAUGAAGAAGUUUUCAACAUGGCGACAACUUUGGCUUUACUUGGCAAAAUCAGAGAAGAUUCUAGGUCUUGAAAUAAUGGAUGAUCAAAUUGCAGAGAUGGAGGGUAAUCUCUCUAAUAUUGACUUUGAUCUGGCAGCUGUUGAGGAGAAAAAGCGACGCCAUGAUGUGAUGGCGCACGUUCAUACAUUUGGAGUGUGUUGUCCCAAAGCUGCUGGGAUCAUCCAUCUUGGGGCGACAUCUUGUUACGUGGGGGACAACACGGAUCUCAUCGUGAUGAGGGAUGCAUUUGAUAUUAUACUUCCAAAGCUUGCUAGAUGUAUACAGAGACUUGCAGGAUUUGCAAAUAAACAAAAGAGUCAACCAACUUUAGGCUUCACACAUAUGCAACCAGCACAACUGACUACAGUGGGAAAAAGAGCCUCAAUCUGGAUAUCUGACCUACUUAUGGACCUCAGAAAUCUUCAACGUGCCCGCGAUGACCUCAGAUUCCGGGGAGUUAAAGGAACUACAGGCACACAAGCCAGUUUCCUACAACUGUUUGCCGGGGACCAUAAAAAGGUCGAGGAACUUGAUAAACUUGUCACAGAAAUGGCAGGAUUUAGUAGUUCAUAUACUAUAUGUGGACAAACAUACAGCAGGAAAGUUGAUGUGGACUGUUUAAGUACAUUGGCGAGCCUAGGGGCAUCUGUACAUAAGAUAUGUUCAGAUAUUCGACUUCUUGCAAGUAUGAAGGAGCUCGAAGAACCAUUUGAGAAAGACCAGAUAGGUUCAAGUGCCAUGGCUUAUAAGCGGAAUCCAAUGAGAAGUGAGAGGUGUUGUUCACUCGCUAGACAUUUGAUGUGUCUGGUUCAAGACCCUUUGAUGACUGCAUCGGUUCAGUGGAUGGAACGAACACUGGAUGAUAGUGCUAACAGGAGGAUUUGUCUUGCGGAGGCCUUCCUGACGGCUGACAUUGUAUUGAGUACCUUGCAGAAUGUAUCAGAAGGGAUGGUAGUUUACCCAAAAGUGAUAGAAAAGCAUAUAAAUCAGGAAUUGCCUUUCAUGGCCACUGAGAAUAUGAUAAUGGAAAUGGUGAAACGUGGUGGUAAUAGACAGGAAUGCCAUGAAGAAAUCCGCCAGUUAUCUCAACAAGCCGCAGCUGUGGUUAAAGAGCAGGGCGGUGACAACGAUCUUGUUGAGCGUGUAAAAUCAACAGCAUAUUUUGAGCCAAUCCAUGCAAUUUUGGAUUCUCUCCUCGAUCCAUCAAGUUUCAUUGGAAGAGCACCACAACAGGUUGCCCAUUUUCUGGAUGCAGAAGUAAAACCAGCUCUAAUACGUUAUAAAGACUCCUUAGAUUCUAUAUCAGAACUGAACUUAUGAGGACUCCUUCAACUAUGAAUAAACUGAUUUAGGCGACUUACUGGAUGUACACACAGCACAAGAUUGGAAGUACCAAAAUACAAUAUCAAACAUUGACUCUCUAUUAACUGAUUUAGGCAACUUGGCAAUUGGACUCACGCAUAGAACAUCUGAAGAACAGGAAAGCCUGUGUUUGUGGAAUGCCCUUGGUUCUGCCAAAAAAUGCGACUUUCAGAGGUUAUGGUAUCAAAGGGAAUUUAAAGAAAUACAAUAUACAAUAUCAAAUACUGGCUCAUUUCUGAGCUCCUUAAUCAUUAGCUAAUGAAAACACAGAACGAAAUCCUGUGCUCAUUGGCUGAAAAUGUAAGUUCACCCCAGUGGGGAUCGAACCCACGACCCCUCGCUUUCCAGGCGAUUGUAGAAAAUCAAUUUUUUGUUUGGAGUCUGAAUGUCGCUCAUGUAUGAUAUAUUUAUAUUUAAUUCUCAACCCCACCAUGUUAUUAAAAUACAGAAUCUCUGGCUACAUGUGUAUUAAUGACGAGCCGUAACCUAAAACAAAUACCAAACUCUUACUCUGAAUGGCUUUUUGGGACAUAGCAUUAGAAAUUCUAAAAGUUGUACUUAAAACAUAGAACUACAUUUUGAACAAUAAAAGUAUUAAUAAAAAAC